AUGGCAUUGUACAUACGGAGCCAUUCACUAACUGAAAUGGAAACCCUAAGGCAAGUCCAAAGCUUUGGUAGCUUUGUUGCCUCUAACAGAGCAUCCUGGCUGCUGUUCAUCAUUACUCUAGUUACUUACUGUUCAUCUUUGCAUAUAAGAGCCCGUCCUCUCAUCCCCAAUUCUCCUUUCCUCUCCAUCUGGAAUGCCCCUACAGAGCUUUGCACUGAGAAGACUGGAGUGCAGCUGGAUUUGAGAACCUUCCACUUGGUAGGAAGCACACUGAAGACAUCCACUGAGCAGAGUAUUACUAUAUUCUAUGCAGACAGGCUCGGCAGUUAUCCUUACAUAGAUGAGAACACAGGUGAGACAUUUAAUGGCGGGAUCCCCCAACUGUGUUCCAUGGAGCAUCAUUUAAAGAAAGCCAGUGAUGACAUUAAUUUUUACAUCCCUUCAGAUGAACAGGUUGGCUUGGCUGUCAUCGACUGGGAAAACUGGAGGCCACUAUGGAUACGGAACUGGGGAUCGAAAGACAUUUACAGACAGGAGUCUGUUGAGUUUGUUCAGCAAAAAGAUUUAAGCAUAUCAGAAACCCAAGCCAGGACUUUAGCCAAAAUGGAAUUUGAAGCUGCAGCAAAAUCAUUUAUGUUGCAGUCUUUAAAACUGGGAAUAUCAAUGAAGCCGAAUCAAUUGUGGGGAUAUUACCUUUACCCUGACUGCUAUAACUAUGAUUACAACCAAAAUCCCCACAAUUAUACAGGAAGCUGUUUAGAUAUUGAAAUAGCAAGAAAUAAUGAGCUUAAUUGGUUGUGGGAGGAAAGCACAGCACUUUACCCAUCUGUCUAUCUGGAAACGGCCUUGAGAUCUUCCAAAAAUGCACCACUCUUUGUUCGUAAUAGAGUUCAAGAAGCCAUUAGAGUUUCUAAUGUUUCCAAUUCCACCUGUCCACUUCCCAUUUUUGUAUAUACACGUCCAGUAUUCACAGAUUUCAAUCAGGAAUAUCUCUCUCAGGAUGACCUUGUAAAUACCAUUGGAGAAUCUGCUGCAUUAGGGGUGUCUGGAAUUGUAAUCUGGGGAGACCUGAAUUUAACACUGAGUGUGAACACUUGCAGGACUCUGGACAGCUACCUUAGGCACACUCUGAACCCUUACAUCAUCAAUGUAACCAUGGCAGCCAAAAUCUGUAGUCAGGCAUUAUGCCAAGACUCUGGUGCAUGUGCACGAAAGAAUUGGAACUCCAGUGACUAUCUUCAUCUGAACCCAGAGAAUUUUGUUAUUCAGAUGUCAAAGAAUGGGAAAUAUGCCAUAAAAGGGCAGCCAUCAUUUCAGGAUCUGCAGCGAUUUAUAGAAAAAUUUUAUUGCCGCUGUUAUGCAGGCUACAAUUGUGAACUUAGAGUUGAUAUAAAUGACAUCCACUACAUCAAUGCCUGCAUUUCAGAAGAUAUUUGUGUUCAAGUAUCCUUAAAUUCACUUUCUAAUGUAGAAGCCUCUUCCAACAUGAGUAAAUUUUCAUUUACCCCACAGAGAAACAUAACAUUACCUGCACAUAAUGCAACAAAAGGUUUUCAGCAGACUAUUUGGAACAACACAUUCAAUGUAUCUACUACAGGACACAUCAAUGCCCCAAUUAACAGCAGUGGUGAUUUAAAGAUAACUGAUACUCAUAGCUUCAGUGGCUCAUCUUCUGAUGAGAUGAAGAUACUGGAUGUGAUUUGUUUAAUUCUAAUUUUGAGAAACCUAAUCUAAAUGGCCCAACUGAAGAAAGAAAGAAAGAAAGAAAAGGCUACGUUCAGCAUUCUGGAGUUUUUAUUCCCACAAAGGGACUAUUCUUGAAAGGAGAUAAGUAGCUGCAAUUUCUGCGGAUUUAUC